AUGUUAGGACUACUGAAGAGUAUGGCAUCGAUGCGAGUGACUUCUUUGCUUUCCACUGUUAAAUUUUUUCACUGUUCAGAUCGUUGCAGUGCUCACUAUACAACCAUUUCUCGAAUAAAGCGUGCCAAAUAUAUUCGGCAGUAUUACGUAACUUUGCUCCAUACAGAUGGGUCAACAAUCCGGAUACGAGCUGCGGAACCAUUGGAUUUGAUUCAGAUGCCUUUUAACGUGGAUACUUUGACAGAUGAAGAACGCCGAUUCCUAGAAAUGAAACGGCAUAAAACUAGGAAACUCACGAAGAGGCGGGAAACCGUCAAAUUUAAUGCAGACGAAUACAUUGAUUUAUGGCGGAAGAGCUUAAAAACGUAA